AUUACAGACCUCCAGGGGAGCCUGCUGUUGUAGUCAUGGCCUCUGAAGACAUUGCCAAAUUGGCAGAGACCCUGGCCAAAACUCAGGUAGCUGGAGGACAGCUGAGUUUUAAGGGCAAGGGUCUCAAACUAAAUACUGCAGAAGAUGCUAAAGAUGUGAUUAAGGAGAUUGAAGAGUUUGACGGCCUGGAAGCUCUACGACUGGAGGGCAACACAGUGGGUGUGGAAGCGGCCAGAGUCAUCGCCAAGGCCUUAGAGAAGAAGUCCGAGCUGAAGCGAUGCCACUGGAGUGACAUGUUCACUGGAAGGCUUCGGUCCGAGAUCCCACCAGCUCUGAUCUCACUAGGGGAGGGGCUCAUCACUGCAGGAGCACAGCUGGUGGAGCUCGACCUCAGUGACAACGCAUUUGGACCUGAUGGAGUGCGAGGCUUCGAGGCCCUCCUCAAGAGCCCAGCCUGCUUCACCCUGCAGGAACUCAAGCUUAACAACUGUGGCAUGGGCAUCGGUGGUGGCAAGAUUCUAGCAGCAGCUCUGACUGAGUGCCACCGCAAGUCCAGUGCCCAAGGCAAGCCACUGACCCUGAAGGUGUUUGUGGCUGGCAGAAAUCGCCUGGAGAAUGACGGAGCCACUGCACUGGCAGAAGCCUUUGGGAUCAUCGGGACUCUGGAAGAGGUCCAUAUGCCACAGAAUGGAAUUAACCACCCUGGUGUCACAGCCCUGGCCCAGGCGUUUGCCAUUAACCCCCUGCUGCGAAUCAUCAAUCUAAACGACAACACCUUCACUGAGAAGGGUGGGGUGGCCAUGGCUGAGACCCUGAAGACACUUCGACAAGUGGAGGUGAUCAAUUUUGGAGACUGCCUGGUGCGCUCCAAGGGGGCGGUCGCCAUCGCAGAUGCUGUCCGUGGGGGCCUGCCCAAGCUGAAGGAGCUGAACCUGUCAUUCUGUGAAAUCAAGAGAGAUGCUGCUCUGGUUGUUGCCGAGGCUGUGGCUGACAAGGCUGAGCUGGAGAAGCUGGACCUCAAUGGCAAUGCCCUAGGAGAAGAGGGCUGUGAGCAGCUUCAGGAGGUGCUGGACAGCUUCAAUAUGGCCAAGGUGCUGGCAUCACUCAGUGAUGAUGAGGGAGAGGAUGAAGAUGAGGAUGAUGAAGGAGAAGAGGACGAGGAUGAUGAAGAUGAAGAGGAUGAGGAGGAAGAAGAGGAGGAUGAGGAGGAGGAGGAGGAAGAGCCACAACAGCGAGGGUCAGGAGAGGAGCCAGCUACACCCUCGAGGAAGAUCCUGGACCCUAACAGUGGGGAGCCAGCUCCCGUGCUGUCCUCCCCGCCUCCCACAGACCUGUCCACCUUCCUGUCAUUCCCCUCCCCAGAGAAGCUGCUGCGGCUGGGUCCCAAGGUCUCGGUGCUGAUAGUCCAGCAGACUGAUACCUCCGACCCUGAGAAGGUUGUUUCAGCCUUCCUGAAGGUGGCAUCUGUGUUCAGGGACGAAGCCUCAGUAAAGACAGCAGUGCUGGAUGCCAUCGAUGCCCUCAUGAACAAGGCCUUCAGCUCCUCCUCUUUCAAUUCCAACACCUUCCUUACCAGGCUGCUCAUCCACAUGGGUCUGCUCAAGAGUGAAGACAAGAUCAAGGCCAUUCCUAGCCUGCAUGGCCCCCUGAUGGUGUUGAACCACGUGGUACAGCAGGACUAUUUCCCCAAGACCCUUGCACCGCUGCUGCUGGCGUUUGUGACAAAGCCCAAUGGUGCACUGGAAUCCUGCUCCUUUGCCCGCCACAGUCUGCUGCAGACGCUGUACAGCAUCUAGAUCUAACGCCAGCUGCUUCUUGUCCCUCACCCUGCCCCAGUGACUGGGGGACUUGGAUGGACUGAGCUCAGCCAGCAUCUCCAUUGGAUAGGAUUUUGACCAGAGGCAGGGGAGUGUCUUUGUCCCGUGUGUCGUGUUGGUCCUUUGAUACUGUGUUGGUUUGGUGUGUGUGGGUAUGUCCUUCCUGUCUGGACUGCAGAGCUUCAUCUCCCUGCUGGACUCACCCUGGUCCACUGUAGGGCAUUGAUGCCCAGGGGAAGGGCUGAAAGCUGCUUAGUUAUUAAACUUAGGCCAACUUAGCCAUAGGCCCUGUUGGCUGUCCUGCCUUCCUGUCCCACCAAAGCCUGGGGAAUUAGUCUGUGUGCUGUGUCUUGCUGUGUCCACCGUGCCUAGGGAACAGAGACUGUCAGAGAUGGCUGCAUUAGAAAGUGAAACUCUGGCCUUAACUGUGUGGCUUGGAGGAGCAGCCGGGGGCCAACCCCAAAGAGCCCAGGAGUGGGAUAGCCUGGGGUACCCUGGCUCUUGGACCCAGUGGAAGAAGCACCUUGGCUGGCCCAGCCCUGUUCUUCAUCCUGGGGAGGGAAGGGCAGGUCCCCUCAUGCCUGAACCACAUGCUGGGCCUACUCUUUGAGUGUUUUCUAAGACAGAGUGUGUAGCAGGGAUUGAGCUGGGUGGGAGAUGCCCUGUGACUUCCAAAGUGGCUGCUUGGCCACCUCCUGCUUCCUGUUGUGUCUGUGUCUGGGCUGCGCCUGGGAGCGUCACAAAUAAAAGUCACCUGUGGUAGUUGCAGAGCCCAGAAGCUUCUUUCCUCAAAAGUGGGGACAGCUCAGGACGCACACGGGGGUUCGAGGUUAGGACAAUGAGCAUGAGGACACAAGUUCACAUCUUCAAGAGCCAUGUACACGCGCCCUUUGCAUACAUGCCAAAGUGUGGCCUAGGGGGGCCUUAGUGCGGGGUUCCGUCUCAGUCAGAGGGGCAGCCUGUCUCCCCCUGGGCCUCACUGCACCCUCUGUUCUGGAUGAUGGGGCAGGCGAUUCCCUGUGAGCAGUGCUUGGUUGGUUCAGUCUACAGACCUGAGCUGGAGGAACUCUUGGUCUAGCCUGGAGACUUUGCAAUAGUGUCCCACUGUGUGAACAGUUGUUGGUGAGGAGGGAAACCUUCAGGUACUGAGGAUUCUAAAAAGUCCUGAGGUUCAGAUGUGAAGCCAGCAGGAUGGCAUGUGGCAGAGGUCUGCUUACCUUCCAGUCCAGUAGGUGACACGAGGCUCAUUCCUCCAUGUUAUCUCCCCAUCCUUUGCCUCAGGCCAGAGCCUCCCCUCCCUCCCAGCAGGCUGGUAGUGCCCAGUUCUGCCGCACGUGCUCAGUUCUGCUUUGCUUUCGCUGAUAGAGAGAUGGCUUGGUGGCUGAGCACACUGGCUGCUCUGAAAUGUCCAGUUGGGUUCCCAAAACCCAUAUGUGGCUUAUAUUUACUGUCCGUAACUUGCGCUCCAGACAGUUGAAGCCCCUGAAACUGGAGCUGCAGGAUAUUGUGAGUAGCCAUGUGGGUGCUGGGAACUGAACCACGAGAAUAAACCUUUUUGUGGGCAUUGGUGUCUUGGCUACAUGUAUGCUUGUAUGAGGGUGUUGGAGUUGUGAGCCACCGUGUGGGUGCUGGGAAUUGAACUCAGGACCUCUGGAAGAGCAGUCAGUGCUCUUAACCACUGAGCCAUCUCUCCAGCCAUAAAGCUAGUUUUGUUUCUCAAGACAGGUUUUUCUGUAUAACCUUGGCUGUACUGGCACUCUGUAGACCAGGCUGCCCUCUAAUUCAGACAUUCAUCUGCCCCUGCCUUUCAAGUGCUGGGAUUAAAGGCAUGCACCACCACCCUCCUACAAUAAACAUUAACGUUCUUUA